UGGUUUGUUAGCUGCAGAUGAAGAUGGAUGGCUAUUACGAAACUAGCCCCGAUUUUCUAUGCUUAUUCCGUGCCCCCCUUGCCGUACGACGUGUUAUCCAUAACCCCGCCAGCCCCUCCUUCUCCCGUCGAUUUCCCUACUACCUGAUACCGCUGGCUCAAACGUUUGCGAGUCGCACGGCAUCCAUCAGUGGAUCUUUUAAUGACAUUCCCGUCGGUUGCGGCCGGAUCGCUGUUUAAUCAUAUAUAAGUUACGCCCGAAAGCUCACCGAGUGUAAUUACAAUGGCAGGGAAGAAGGGUGGAGAAAAUACCAAAAAGGCGGCUGGCCAAGCUCGCAAGGCCCAGGCGGCCGCCGAUAAGGCUGCUGCUGAGGAUCAAAAAAAGGCCGCGGCAGAGGACGCUGAGUGGGAUAAGGGCUCUAAGAAUAAUUCCAAAAAAGAAGCCCAGGCUGCGAAGAAAGCAGAACAAGCAAAGAAAAAAGCCGAGAGAACAGCUGCCCUUGCCGAGGAAGAAGAGAGCCUUCCGAGUCGUGCCGGCCCGAAGAAUGCUAAGACUGCCGUAAAGAAAACAAGGCGAGGUAUCGACUCGGCAUUGACCGAGACCGACGACAACAAAAAGGCACCAGAACUCUCGGGUUCAGGUCUUGAUAAUGCUCUCGCAGUAUUGAGUGUUGAUGACUCGAAAUCCGACGUCAAAAUAGACAGACACGCCGACCGAAGGGUUAAGGCCGCCUAUACUGCAUUCGAGGAAAGGAGGCUUCAAGAAAUGAAAGAAGACGGCAGUGGGAAAGGAAUGAACUACGGCUCGAAGAAGGAGAAGAUUUGGAAGGAAUUCAAGAACAGCCCCGAAAAUCCAGCCAGAAACCAACUAGCCGUCAAACACAAUGCCACGAAAGAAGAGAUCGCAGAGCUCAAAGAGCAGGAGAAAGCCAGGUUAGAAGCUCUAUACAGCUCCAAGCCCUCCAAUUAGGAAACGGAGCGCUUGUGGGUUGGGAGGAGCAAAAUUGACGGAAGGGAAACUAUUGUAAUAAGUUCUACAAUAAGAAAGAGGCCGGGUUUUCCAUUCUAUGGCGAAUAUAGCGGGUAGGAACUGUUAGAAGUUCCUUUAUUGAUUACAUAGCCGGAGAUCCUGGCAAGGCGCAAAAGGUAUUGUUUCUCGUCCCAUUUGUUUCUAGACAUGGGCCGAGACGUCGGGAUACUUCCUGAGUUGGUCGUCUCAUAUUGUCACUCCCUGACUAGACAUCCAAUAUAUGAAUGGGGGUGAUGCACUGACUCAGUUUUUCGGGUUUGGGAAGAUAAAAGCAAACAAACACAACAACUUAGCACAUGCAUGAUACAUGACAGGGGAUCUAAAAUGCAUCUAUAGAUCAAAUUAAAUACCUCCACUCAGAAUAGAGAUUUUUUUUUUUUUGCAAUUGGAUGACUUAACGAGGUUGUUCAUUUUUCGUCAAUUGAUAGCUCUUAUUGAUAAUAUUUUAGUCAGCUUCGAUGCAUACCCCAAGUUUUGAGCUGCAGCGGUCAUCUGAUUAUUCAACUUAGAAAAUUUGAAGAUUUCUCCCA